AUGGAUGUCUUCCACACCUACACCUACUCGACUGCCGCAUGGCUCUCGCUGCAGAGCCUACCCUUGAUAGCCGGCCCCAGCAUGAUCGUCGCCAUGCUGCUCGAUGAGACCCGGCCUGCUUCUUCAAUGGAGAUAUACUUCGCCCGCAGCCUCGGCAUCAGCCUACUCACCAUCGCCGCACUCACCGUGAUGCUCACGGGCUCCAUCCCGCUCACCUCCUCGAUCGCCGCGCCUGUGACCACCGAGGACUCCGAUCCCAAGGCCCCCUACGCCUUGCCCACCUUGAUGGUGACCUCGGUGUUCCACGCUGUCGCUGCUUUCUAUGCGUAUACCUGGUACGCCGCUGGUGGACAGGGUGCCUUCGCUUUGGGGGUUGCGGGACACUCAAUUCUGGCGUCGAUUGGACUGUGGUGUGUGCUCUUUGCUAGUGGGGAUGGUAAGAUCAGUCGUAGGACCGGCGCGGAUAAGAGGACGACGGGGUUUCCGUUUGCGAAUUCCGAGGCGGCGAAGAAGAAGGCGGUCCCCAAUUUCCGGGCCCAGCAGCCGAUUCCCCAGCAGCCACCUGUAAAACCAAGACAGGUUCAAUCGCUGCAGGAUGUGGUACCCGUCUUCACCAUCCCUGGCUUCGCUCGCCCGCCCAGACCGGGCGAGCCGAGGAAUACAUUCGUACCUCCACAGUUUCACCCCCCGCCACCUCACGCCUACGUCCAGCCACCUCCCAGGCAGUAUGUGACGACAGGUACACAGACGCGUGAGUCCGACAAUCUCGGGCAGGACGGGGCAGCGGUGGGAAACAAUGCGCAUGCGGCGCAAAACAAUCAGGCGAACGCCCUACCACCCCCAGACCGUCCAGAUCUCAGGGACCUGGAGCCCAUGGACUCGGUGGAUUAUGCGGGACAACUGUGUGGCAUGAAAUUGAUCCCUAAACCGCCGGACCUGGGAUAUUGGCGGGACAGACUAUUCAAUGUUGACCAGGAGAUGAUCACCGUGAGCGAGCAAGAGUUCCAGACCUACUUCCCACACAUCGACAACGUCUACUCCCACCGCUCCGCCCAGCAGUACAAACGGUGGCCCAUGGUCUCUCACUACUGGGGAUGUCGACUAAAGGGCCGGCCAGGAGGCACACCCAAAUCCGACGACCCGAACGUCAAGAAACGCAAGCGCACGGAACGACCGCGCGAUCUCUGCAACGUCGUGAUCAAAAUCACGGAGCACUUCCCCGGCCGGCAGCCCGAGAGCCCAAGCCCGCGCGAGAAAGAGCCAUCUCCUCCCCCGUUUCCCGGAAUGCAGACCUUCUUCAGCAAUUCCGGCAAUCCACUCCAGUUACAUAUGCCGUAUGAAGCGUUUGCCCCGAGCUCCCAGCUCCCAGAGGGUCACCCCGGCGCCCCGGGGAAGAGGUAUUUUACCAUCCAGCGCGUGAAUGGGAAUGGGCUUAAUGGGAAGGGUGAUGGGAUUCCCGGCGGGCAUACGCAUACGCUUGAGGAGAGUGAUCAGGUGAAGAAGAAUAGUGUGCAGAGAUAUCUGCUGAAGAAGCAGGGCAAGGGACAGAAAAGGUCAACAUCCUCUGUACAACAGGAUCAAACCAUGUCCACCACAAACAAAGCGUACCAUACAAAAGCGACCGGUCUCGCUGCUGAAACGGCUGCCAGACAUGCCGCCGAAACCGAACUCCAGCUAUAUGGGAGCUGCUUCUGCCCCUUUGUGCAGCGCGUAUGGAUAGCUCUCGAGCUGAAAGGCAUCCCAUACCAAUAUAUCGAAGUGGACCCGUACGAGAAGCCCGAGUCCCUGCUGGAGGUGAAUCCUCGGGGACUUGUUCCCGCACUGCGGCACAAUGACUGGGGAUGCUAUGAGAGCACGGUGCUGCUAGAAUAUCUCGAAGACUGCAACGAAGGCACGGCGCUUCUGCCAUCGGAUGCAAAGUUGCGCGCCCAUUGUCGGUUAUGGGCAGACCAUAUCAACCGGCACAUUGUACCGACCUUCUAUCGCGUCCUUCAAGAACAGGACCAGGAGAAGCAGAUUGCUCAUGUGCAGGAGCUCCACGACGCGAUCCAUAAAUUGGUCGAGGUCGCACACCCGCGUGGGCCCUUAUUCUUGGGCCCGGACCUCUCGUUCGUGGAUGUCCAGGUUGCGCCGUGGAUUCUUCGGCUAUCGCGAGUAUUGAAGCCCUACCGAGGGUGGCCGGACGCUGAAGAAGGAACUCGGUGGGCCUCGUGGGUGCAUGCACUGGAGACGAACGAGCAUGUCCAAGCGACAACAAGCACGGACGAGCUAUAUCUCGACAGCUAUAAGCGAUAUGCCGAGAAUCGUCCGAACACAUCCCAGGUGGCCAAUGCAAUUAAUUCGGGGCGCGGUCUGCCAUGA